AUGUAUGGCGCCUUCCUUGCGCUGUGCGCCGUGCCGGCACUGCGGGUGGCAGCCGAUGAGACGUGCUCGGUCGAAUACGAGCAGGGGAAGAGGGGCUUUAAAGCCAUCUCCCUGAACCCUCUCCUCUACACGCCCAUUUCGCAUCGCCCAGACUGGCACUGGAAGCAACUCCUGAGGAGUCGCGGCAUCGAUGCAGACAAAGUCUCGCAAUAUGAGGAGGCUUGGGUCGGCUUGCUCUUCGCGGAAGCAGAAGAGGCGAUCACGGGUUGCUCCAUCCAGGGAGGUCGCUACUGGGACCUGGUCCUUGAUCUUCGGAAGCUCUACGACCUGGCAAGGGGCAGCGCCAAGUCCUCUCUUGUUCAGCGCCUUGCCUCCGCGUUCCGCAUUUCGGCGAUCUACGCGCGUGAGAGUCUGCCAGAAAAUCUGCGACUCAGCGUUUGCACUCCGGCUGUUUGCGACGCGGAUCAGGUCAUCCGCACCAUCUAUCCCGAGUUCACGCGCGUCUUCAUGGGAGCCAGGCCAGAACGGAUGCUGGGAAACGCGACUUUCCGCGACGUCGUGGACGGCGACGAGGUUCUGCGUUGGGAUGCCUUUGACAUCGAUUUCGCCAUUGUGGGGGUUGAUCGCUGCGGCACCACCUCCUUGCGAAAGAAUCUGGAGAUGCAUCCGGACAUCGUCUUCAAGAGCGACAGGGAGGACCUGCUCCUGAGCCACACGGCCGCCCGGCGGCUGCUGCCGACCCGGGCGCAGGUCGAUCAGCACAACGCGGAGUGGCACGCGGCCAAGGCCGCCAAGUGGAAACGCACCGGUCACGAACCCCGACGGGCGCCUCCCCUGGUGGGCAUGGCCAACCCCCUGCUGUUUCCCAGUGCCCUGGCUCGGGACAAGAUGGCCGCCAUGCCACGCUUGAAGCUGAUCGUGGUGCUCUGCGAUCCGGUGGGGCGUUUCGAGAAGCUGUUCAUGUUGCGGCACUACUGCCACGACGACCUCCGUGCAGCUCAGAAGCGCUUCAUGGCCCACGCCGACCGCGAUGGCACGGAGGUCUGCUACCGAAGCACUUCGGCGAUCGUGACCGAGAGGAAGGGCUACUGGCAGAUGAUCUCGAUGGCCCCGCACCUGGCCACCCUUGCGCAGCGCUUUUCGGGGCGGAUCUUCUUCUUGCACCAAGAUGAGCUCCGUGACAUGCCACGCAGCACCUUCGACAGCCUCGUGGGAUUUCUCGGGCUCCCGCCCUUCCCGGAGGACGCGAACUUCAGGCGCUACAACUCGGUGGGCGGGCACCGGACGGACCUCUGCUCGAAUGCCUCGCUGGUGAGUGCCUUGAAGGAGCUCCUUGAGCAUGAGUACGUGAUGCAGGAGCAGCUUCUGCGGAUCUGGGGCAAGAGCGUGCAUGUGAGAACCACCCGCUGCGAUUGGAUUGACAAGGUGAACACGACUUACUGUCCAAACGAGAACGGACAGCCCGUGGCGUGCUAG